AUGGAAUCAGCGUUGUCAAAUGGCCCUUGGUAUGUGAAUGGAAACAUUAUAGGAUUGGACAAAUGGUCUCCUACUUUUCAACCUUCUUCUCUCAAAGGAUUAAUAGCUCCGAUUUGGAUUAGAUUACCAAACCUUCCAUUGCAAAGUUGGGAUAAGAUAAAUGUUUCUAGAAUUGCUUCCAAGAUUGGAACCCCAUGUUUGAUAGAUGAAAACAUGUUCCAAUGGGGAAAGGGAGAGUUUGGCCGAGUUUGUGUUAGAAUCAAACUCGAAGAGAAGCUUCCUAUGGGAAUCUGGGUGGAAGGAUCUUCAGGGAAAUUCUAUCAGAGAAUAGAAUAUAAGAAAAUUCCAACCAUUUGCUUCAAUUGUUGUAGAAUUGGCCACCUGGGUAAAAACUGUUAUGAAAACUCUGUCAAGGCUAUUCCUAUAGCCCCUAACAAUAAUGCUGGCUUAUCCCAUACUACAAAUGUCAAACAAAAAGAUGAUUCAAAGGUGGAAAAUGAAAGUGAAGGAUAUGGACCCUGGAUCCAGAUUAAAUAUGGGAAGAAAAAUUUCUGGAAUGAUAAGUCCAAAUAUACUUGGACUCGGCCUCUUCCCAGAAAAGAAAACAAGAUAGUUGAAGGAGAAAUUUCAAUGAAGUCUAAUGAUAAAAAUGGGCAUUCUGCAGCUAGAGUAAAAAUUGAAGACAAAAUUUCUGAAGCAAGAACAGAAGAACAAAUCCUUGCAGAUCAAGUAGAUCUUUCUCAGUAA